AGAGAAGCUCACUCACAUGGAUCUGGGCACAUAUGUGCACAUAAUUUGAGAGAAAAAACCUUUUAUGAGCAUAGAAAAAUCCUUCAAUCUUUUGUUUCAGUUCAAGCAAAAUGGGAGCAAAAACGAAGGUGACUAGCUGGUUUUGGUGAUUGAUCAGCUCCAGUCUUGUUGACCUGGUUGACCACUGGUCAAUGGUACCUUCAGAUGCUCAUGGAGAGCUGUAAAUGAGAUUGAGUUAAGUCAGAAGGGACCACUUAACCCUCUCUUUAAAGAAAAGAAGUUGUUGGAGCCUGAUCUUAUGAGGACACUUGGUUUCUUCCACAGCUGUGUGCUGUGCUAAAAGUCGAGCUGGAAGUGAGGGCGCCCUGAGGCAGAGCGAUGGGCUGUGGGGGGAGCAGGACUGAUGCUCUGGAGCCUCGAUACCUAGAGAGCUGGACCAAGGAGACAGAGUCGACAUGGCUGACCGGCACAGACACUGAUAUCCCCCUGUCGUCCAUCCAGAGCAUCCCCUCUGAGAACUCUGAGGCCGGCUUCACGUCAGAGAAAACAAUCAGCCCCGUUCCAGAUUUCUUCGAGGACGGCCUCCCUCUUCCUGCUCAGGCUUACCUGAAGGUCUGCUCAGCCGUGUCUGAAGCCAGUCUGAACGACGUGAAACCCAGCAGCCCCCCUGCAGUACUGGGCUCUCCACCCAAAGAGGCGGUGUUACCGUCAUCUGGCACCACAGUGCAGCGCAGAAGUGUUCUGCACACUGAAGAGAUUACAAAAUGGCAGGACAAUCGGAUGUCGACCAAGCAGGUGACCAUCACAGUGACGCAGAGCAUCCACCAGGUGGACAAGAACGGGAAGGUGAAGAAGUCCCUCACCACCUACGAGGUCAUGAAGCCCGUGGAGAGUCUCAAACAGGUGGCCACACAAAACACUUGAGAACAGGGGAAGAAGCCAAAGAGAAAUGAACUGAGGGUGUUUUUAUGGAAAAAUCUUAAACGUCUGAUCGCUGGUGACGGCACACGAAAUACGAGACUCUAAACUGUAGAAUUUAGGUUGUCAUACUCAAAACGUGGCUCAUUUUAAAAAAAAAAGAUAAAAAAAAGUUGAACUGGGCUUUAUUUUAUUUAAUAUUUUACUUCAAUGGUGCCUGUUGCAUUGUCUUACUGUAUUUUGCUAAAGACACAGACAUGUUAAAGGUUGGUCAGAUAAAUACAAAACAUGACAUUUUACAGUGCAUAUAGUAUCAGACCAAAAAAAAAACGAGUUCACAGUAUAUCACAGCAGACAGUGAAAUCAAUAUUUGGCACGGUUUGAAUUUUUAAGUGACCUAGAAUCUAAAAGCCUUCUUACCCAUAUUUUUAAAUACGGAUAAAUAUGUGUAGAAAGUUACGGUAUUAUUUCACAACAUUAAAUAUUUGCAAACUAGAUAUAGUUUUGUUAUUUGACACUGACACACAUGUAGUUGUAGCUGCUGUGUUCAAAUCAGUAUGGCUCAGGAAAGUGAAACUGAUUGUGACGAUUGCACUAAAAGUGAAGUCUGGACGGGAGUUUGUGAUGGCAAUGUAAAACAUUGUCUCUCUGCGUUUUGUGUCGUUUUGUACAACAUCGUGUUACAUUUUUCUUAUCUAGCUGUUCACGUUUUCUAAUGACAAUAAACUGAAUAAAAACAGUUAUGGUCCUCUUAAAUAACUUCAUGCGCUGUUAACCCAAGUUCAAGGGACAAAAACAUGGAAUAAUAAGCAUUUUGGCACUUUGUGGAACUGCAGGGACAAAUAUAAAACAUGCACUUGAUUGGAUCAUCACACAGUUUACAUUAUAAAUAGCAUGUAGGAUGUAGCAUCUUUGGCAGCUUG